AUGGAAACCUCCGCUACUGAAUGUCUCGAGAGCACUACACUCCACUUCGAUUGGACAUUCCAUGGCAUCAAAGAUUUGCUUGAAGCCAGCCAAGGUAAUGCAAAGUCUAAAGUCACCAAGUCAAUGAAGUUCGGUGGUGGCCGCUGGCAGAUCUUAUUCUAUGCGAAUUCUGGCACUGCGAAUACCGAUGGAGUGGCGUUCAUCAGUUUAUAUCUUUCAUGCGAGCCGACCGUGGAAGAAAAAGACUGUGCCGUGGAUGGCAAAUGGGUUCGCGAAGGGCUUUUCACCUUUGGCUUCGAGCUACGCAACGCUUCAAAGUCAAUAACUUUUGGCUCAAAAGAGGCAAAGAAACAUUCUUUCACUUCGGAGACGCAGAAUUGGGGCUGGGCUCAAUUCCUCAAGAGAGAACAGCUUUAUGCAUAUCCAUCAAUAAGACAGCAGGACACUUUAGUUAUUAUAUGCACCAUUACAUCUGCGCAAAUUGUUACUGCCCCUCAACCCACAAUAUCAUAUCGAACAGUCCCCAAGGCUCUGCUCAGUGCUGUGGGUGGACUACUUGAUGACCCCAUGUACUCCGAUGUGGAGUUCAUAUUACCUAGGAAGGGCAGCAAGACAGCAAAUGCAAGACGGAUCUAUGCUGCCCGCAAACUGCUCAGCAGAGUAGAAUAUUUUGAUACAAUGUUCCGAUCAGGAUUUGCGGAGGCUUCGUUCAACGUCCGGAUGCUACACGCCGCUUCGAUGCGAAACACGGACCCCAUCGAAGAGAGUGGCGGGAACUCAAUUAUGAGCCAAUUCGAGGAUUCUGAUGACGAAAACGACGAAGACAAAAUGGUGGUCGAUACAGAUAUCGACAUUGGAGAAAUUGACAACAACACCCACUCACAAGUGCCCUCCUACCUCGAAAGUCACGCCAAUGAUAACGGUACAGAAUCUUGGACAUCCAUCACUGGAGAUGACGGGCCGCAUGAAGGUCAAGUAGACUUAGAUGACAACCCACAGCGAAAUGUGCGAGCAAAGUUGUCACAUCCAUCUAGUCCUCGAAGUGUAGAUGCUAUCCUAACGAACGACGUUGGCGUUCAAUCGGAUAUCCCUGUUCCUGCUCCAAGAUCCCCUCAAAUGCCCCCUGGGCCUCUCAAGGUCCAGAUCCUGGUGGAAGAUGUCGCCUAUGCAACAUAUCGUGCUGUUCUCUACUAUAUCUAUACGGGUUUCAUCACUUUCGCCCCGCUUUCAUCCUCGUUUCAUGCUGUCGCGGAGCAGUCACCAAAAUUACUCGCAGGAGACUCUACAGGCUCUGCCUCCGGGAGCCAGUUUACCAUUUCAUCCGGACAGCGGCCUCAUCUACAGCACUCGGAAAGCACGCCAAUCACGGGUGCAACAGUUCCACAGUCACGAAAGGAAUGGAUAGCUCAGUGGGAGAGAAAUAACCCGGUCGACCUGCCCCGCCCGUGCUCUGCCAAAGCUGUGUAUAGGCUGGCUGAUAAAUACGACUUGCAAGAACUGAAGCAACGUGCAUUCCGGUACAUCAUCAGGUCACUUACGGUCGAUAACGUGGCCUACGAGGUCUUCUCGAGUUUCACUGCUACUUUUGAAGACGUGCGCAAGGUGCAGGUGCGCUUCUUCCUCGACAACUGGAGCGAGAUUCGUCGAUCGGAAUCUAUGCGCAGCGUCUGGCAGGAAAUCAGGAUAGGAAGGCAUCCAGGCUUCGAAGAAGUCUGGCCCAUUAUCGCCCUCCAGCUCGAAUAUCAAGCCCCUGUUUUGGAAGCAACGCGCGAUGGGAAUGCUGCAGGCGGGGCGUAG